GGAGGAGGGGGGCAAGCUAAAGAGGAGCGUGGCUUCGUCGUCCUUGUAUGACGUCACGCCUUUUGUCCCGCGUACCCCCCACUUGUAGCCGCUGUGUGUGUGCGCUUAGUACCACCCUCCUCCUCCGCGUGUUCCUGCCCGGGCGGCCGCACUUCUUUUGGGGUCGGGGAUGGGGGGUUAGUCGGAGCACUACCUGUGUGGCCCCCGCAUGGAGGACGCUGGACACAGAUGCGUUUGAGGCACCGCUUUUUUGGUCGGAGACGCCAGUUGCCUCGUCACGUGUAGCAGACACCACACUUUAUUGACGCCGCGAAACCAGGCAUGGCGACGGACUUCUUCCUUCUCUGACCAUGGCUCGGUGAGGAAGAUUGGCUCCCGUCACCCUCGCUGGGAAUCCCCGCAUUAGAUUUUUUUUUUCGAGCGAAAAGAAAAUCAGCAACAACAAAAAAUGGACAAAGAAGCAGUCGGCACGCAAUACGAGCCCGUGGCCGAGAUCGGAGAAGGAGCCUACGGGAAAGUGUACAAGGCGAGGGAUUUGAAAAACGGGGGACGCUUCGUGGCCUUGAAGAGAGUUCGCGUUCAGACGGAGGAAGAGGGGAUGCCGCUCUCCACCAUCCGGGAGGUGGCGGUACUGAGGCAGCUUGAGGCCUUCGAGCAUCCCAAUGUUGUCAGGCUAUUUGAUGUGUGUACAGUGUCUCGGACUAACCGGGAAACCAAACUCACACUGGUCUUUGAGCACGUGGACCAAGACCUGACCACCUACCUAGAGAAGGCCCCUGAUCCUGGCGUACCGCCAGAAACCAUUAAGGACAUGAUGUAUCAGCUGCUCCAGGGCCUGGACUUCCUGCACUCGCACCGCGUGGUCCACCGUGACCUGAAGCCCCAAAACAUCCUGGUCACCAGCGAAGGACAGAUCAAGCUCGCCGACUUUGGCCUGGCUCGCAUCUACAGCUUCCAAAUGGCGCUGACCUCCGUGGUGAGUCCACCUGUUCUAUCUAAUAAGGCCCCAUCUUACUCUCAGAUGCCCAACAAAGCCCUGAUGGGAUUAUUUGUUCAAGAAAAGCAAAAAGUGCGCCAAGAGGGUUUUUAUUGAAGACAGUCCUGCGAG